AUGAAGACUCACUGUAUGCUUGCUGUACAAUGUAUCUUUGCAGAAGACUGUACUCCAGGCUGGUCUGACUGGUACCAUGAGCAAUAUCCUGAUGAAGAAAAUGGCGGAGAUGAGGAAUCUUACCAGAAGGUCAUAGCCUCAGGGAAAGUGGUUUGUCUGCCUGACUCACCGGUGCAAAACAUUGAAUGCAAAGCCGAGAGAUUCCCCAAUACCCCAUGGCAGGAAUUGGGCCAGACAAUAACUUGUGACAAGAAUAAAGGACUGAAAUGUGUCAAUGAGGAUCAAGGAGGACUGCCAUGUUACAACUACAAGGUCAGAUUCUGCUGCUCCACAGCAGGUGGACCCCCUGCACCAACUCCAUCUAAAGCAAGCCCAGAACCAACUGCAUCGAAGGACAAGACACCCCCACCUCCAACCUCCGGCAUCAAUGAGCCAGAACCAUCACCUCCAGAAGGGCCAGUGACACCGAAACCCCCGGUAGAGGAAAAGCCAACAAAGCCAGCUCCUGAAGAGAGUGGCGCUCCUCCUCCAGAGCCAACUGGAUCGAAGGACAAGACACCCCCACCUCCAACCUCCAGCAGCAAGGAGCCAGAACCAUCACCCCCAACUCCAGGCCCAGAAGACUGUACUCCAGGCUGGUCUGACUGGUACCAUGAGCAAUAUCCUGAUGAAGAAAAUGGCGGAGAUGAGGAAUCUUACCAGAAGGUCAUAGCCUCAGGGAAAGUGGUUUGUCUGCCUGACUCACCGGUGCAAAACAUUGAAUGCAAAGCCGAGAGAUUCCCCAAUACCCCAUGGCAGGAAUUGGGCCAGACAAUAACUUGUGACAAGAAUAAAGGACUGAAAUGUGUCAAUGAGGAUCAAGGAGGACUGCCAUGUUACAACUACAAGGUCAGAUUCUGCUGCUCCACAGCAGGUGGACCCCCUGCACCAACUCCAUCUAAAGCAAGCCCAGAACCAACUGCAUCGAAGGACAAGACACCCCCACCUCCAACCUCCGGCAUCAAUGAGCCAGAACCAUCACCUCCAGAAGGGCCAGGUGUGUUCAUUUUGUAAGAUUAUAUAUAUACUAGCGGUAAGUACCCGGCGUAGCCCGGGUAAAAAAAUCUAUUUCAAAACUUCUCUUUAAAACCGUACAUUUACAUACACAGAUAGUAAGCUGUUAUGAAAGCCCUGUGGGCCGUUUGUCCAUUUCUCCACCAACGAAAUUAUAAGAAGCUUGCACAAGUCCAGAAAGUUAUAGAAAGUGGGGGGUAAAUAGUUUAUCUAAAAGGUUUCUGAAAAUUGUCGACCCCCACCUCAAAAAUAUCUUUACCCCUGCGUAGGUAUAUAUACCCUACAUAAAACAGAGGAAGUAGUAUCUGUUGACUCUGUAGUUGUAUCUAAUGACGGUAUCUACUGAGCCAGUAGUAGCUACUGACUGUGUAGUAGUAUUUAGUGACUGUAAUAACUACUGACCGUAGCAGUAUUUACUGGGCCUACAGUAGUAUCUACCGACUCUACAGUAGUAA